AUGGAUGAGAAGAUGAAGGAGGCUUUUGAUACAGAAAAGGGUGUAUCGGAAGAACAAGGCGAUAUCAUUGAACUCCAACACAACGGCACCACUGAGCGAGGCCUCAAGUCCCGGCAUGCUCAAAUGAUAGCCCUCGGUGGAACAAUUGGAACUGCCCUCUUCGUUGGAUCAGGCCAAUCUCUACAUAUGGGUGGACCAGCUUUUCUAUUCCUCUCCUAUGUCCUACUUACCCUACUCGUGUUCGGAAUCGUGACUGCAACAACAGAGAUGUCGUCUUAUCUACCAGUUUCCGGUUGUUCUAUGGCCUAUUACGCGGACCGUUUCCACUCUCGAAGCUUAGGGUUUGCGCUUGGUUGGCUUUAUUGUUAUGUUUUUAUUAUUGAAGUGCCUGCUGAGAUCACUGCAGCAACUUUGGUAGUUCAGUAUUGGAAUCCCGGAGUUCAUGUUGCCGUGUGGAUCACUAUCUUUAUGGUCCUCAUGAUUGCUCUCAAUUGCUUCCCAGUCCUUGUAUACGGGGAAACAGAGUUUUGGUUUGCUUCUAUCAAAGUCAUGGGCAUUAUUGGCCUCCUAAUCAUGGCCCUUGUUUUGAUUUUCGGCGGAGGACCAAACCAUGAAAUUUUAGGAUUUUAUUAUUGGAAUCACCCCAGCGCCGUGAACGAAUAUAUCAAGACCGGGGAUUCUGGUCGGCUUUGUGCCUUCAUAUCCACCAUCUGCUUUUCGAUGUUCGCAUUCGCGUUUGCCCCCGAAUUACUGGUUGUAACUGGAGGUGAGAUGCAAAAUCCUCGUCAAAAUCUUCCAAGGGCCGGGAUUCGCUAUUUCUAUCGUCUUGUCUUCUUUUACGUUCUGGGUGCUCUUGCUAUCAGUAUGAUCGUGCCAAGUAACGAGCCGCAGCUAUUGGGAGGUGGUUCUGGCGCUGGUGCAUCGCCCUGGGCAAUCGCAACUCGAAUUGCAGGGAUCAAAGCGCUUGACUCUGUGAUCAACGCUGUGAUUCUGAUCUCUGCCCUCUCAUCUGGGAAUUCGUUUCUCUAUUUGGCUACCCGCUCCUUGUAUUCGUUAGCAAUUACCGGAAAUGCGCCCCGGAUCUUUGCCAAGUGCACAAGAUCCGGAGUUCCAUAUAACGCAGUCGCCGCAUGUUCGGUGUUUUUGGCCCUGGCAUACCUCAAUGUUUCCAGUACAGGAGCGGUGGUCUUCAACUGGUUCGUGAAUCUGAUCAAUACUGGAGGAUUCCAAAGUUGGAUCUGCAUAUGCAUUGUCUACAUCCGUUUUCGCAAAGCAACCGCCGUUCAGGGGGUGACUGACCUGCCCUUCCGAUCCCGGUUUCAACCGAUAAUGGCGUACAUCUGUGGGAUAAUGUUCACAUUGCUUUUGUUACUGAACGGCUACUCGAAUUUCUUGAGUGGCCAGUGGAACACUUCCAACUUCUUGACCGCUUACAUUGGCGUUCCCAUAUUUUUUGCGCUUUAUUUCGGUCACCGUUUCCUUGUCUGCAGGAAUGAACCCUGGGUUCAUGAUGUAGGGGAGAUCGACCUGGCUACCGGUUUACCGGAGAUUCUUGCAAACGAGACACUGGAGGAAAAGACAGCGAAAUGGUACCAAUUCUGGAAAAUCUUGUAUGAAUAA